AUGGCUGUCAAGUCUCAUAAGCUAAAUUCUGGUUAUUCGAUUCCAGCCAUAGGGUUGGGGACUUGGCAAUCAAAACCAAAUGAAGUGGCUGUAGCAGUGGAAAGUGCUCUUCGAUCAGGAUAUAGACAUAUCGACGCCGCUGCAUGCUACGAUAAUGAGGAUGAGGUUGGCAGGGGCAUCAAAGCCUCUGGAGUUGACCGUUCUGAGAUUUUCGUUACAUCCAAGCUGUGGAAUACACACCACAAGCCGGAGGAUGUUGAGCCAGCAGUAGACACAGCGCUAAAAGAUCUCCAACUGGAUUACCUUGACCUAUACUUGAUUCACUGGCCCGUAACCUUCAAAAAGGGCGCAUCCGAGAGGGAGAGAUUUCCAAUCAAUCCUGAAAAUGAACAAGUUCAUGUCAUCGAUGUACCAAUUGAAGAUACCUGGAAGGCGAUGGAGGCGUUAGUCCAGAAAGGCAAAAUUCGGACAAUAGGUGUAAGCAAUUUCACCAAGGAGAACAUUGAACGAAUAUGGAAAGUCGCGACCAUCAAACCAGCUGUCAACCAGAUUGAAAUACACCCUUAUUUUCAACAGACUUCUUUCGUUCAGUGGAUGCAGGACAAUGGUAUCGUAGUGCAAGCCUACAGCCCCCUGGGGAAUAAUAUUUAUAAUCUCCCACGGGGCGUCGAUGACCCCAAAAUCCAUGAGAUCGCAGCUCGUUUAGGAAAACAGCCAGCGCAGGUUAUCAUCAACUGGGUUUUACAAAGAAAUAUUGUAGUUCUACCAAAGAGUGUAACGCCAGAACGAAUUGCAGCGAAUUUUGAGACAUUCGAACUUCCGAAGGACGCGAUGGAUACGAUUAACUCCUUAGACCGAAACCAUCGGUACAAUUUCCCUGCGAGACUUGGUGUCAACAUAUUUGGCGAAAAGACUGAGGAAGAGUUGCGACGGAGUGUAGAGGAAUGGAAAGCGGCCCAAAGGAAGUUGAGAGAGGCCGCGAAGAAUAAAAAUUAG